CAUAAGGGGAUCGGAUCAGAGUGCGUCCGUUGGUAUCUAACGCUAAACUAAAGUCUAAAGAAAGGAGAUUUCUGAACAAAACAAAGGACAAAAAAAAGGAACAAUGGGAUCAAUGGCACUUCAGAAGCUAUUUAGCGCAGGGACUAAGAUCGUAGCUGUCGGAAGAAACUACGUUGCUCAUGCAAAAGAACUGGGCAACGCUGUCCCAAAAGAGCCUGUCUUGUUUCUCAAACCCACCUCCUCUUACUUGGGUGUUGGAGGAACAAUCGAAAUCCCACACCCUUUGGAGUCUCUGCAUCAUGAGGUGGAGCUCGCUGUUGUUAUUGGCAAGAAAGCUCGCGAUGUUCCCGAAGCCUCUGCCAUGGACUACGUUGCCGGUUAUGCUCUGGCACUGGAUAUGACUGCCAGGGAAAUUCAAACUUCUGCGAAGUCUGCAGGUCUUCCAUGGACAGUAGCUAAAGGGCAGGACACCUUCACACCAAUUGGUUCCGUUCUUCCCAAGGAAUCGGUGCCAGAUCCUGACAACUUAGAACUGUGGUUAAAGGUGGAUGGAGAAAUGCGACAGAAAGGCUCAACCAAGGAUAUGAUAUUUAAGAUCCCGUUUCUCAUUAGCCACAUAAGUUCAAUCAUGACACUUCUGGAAGGAGAUGUCAUUCUAACAGGUACUCCCCCAGGUGUUGGCCCUGUGAAAGCAGGUCAAAAGAUUACUGCUGGCAUAACUGACCUUGUGGAGGUUUACUUCAGUGUUGGAAAACGGCCAAAGCCAAAGAGUUCUUAAAUUUAGUCCCUCCAGACUUGGUGUGAGGGUGGACUCAAUUGUUAGAAUGGUCUCCGUUUGCAUGAAAACUUUUGCAAGUCCCAGCAGCUAUUAGUUAGUGUGGUUUCUGCUCAGAUGAAGGCUUUCCCCCCUCCUUUUUGGAGGUGUUAAAAGGAGGUGUUCACAGGGAAUUCCAUGUAAGAAACACUAAUUUUAUUCCAGUUUCAAAAGAACAAACAAGUUUAAAUGAAUAAAUGGUUAAGAGCUUUGUAACUUAGUUGGCACCUUUUGGUGUUUUCAACGGAGAUGUCGAGGGUUUAAAUCUCCACUUUCCCAUUUGUAACUAUCCAAUUAUAAAAUAA